GUCACAGAGGCCUCAGCUGCCCUGGCCAGUAGCAUCCUCAGGCACAUGACAGAAGCUUCCUGUGCCCAUGGGGCCUGCUCAGCUUAUCCGGGCCCCGCGGCCCCGGGGCUCACCUUCCCCCUACCGCAGGCCAGGUAUCGGCUGGCCUCGGCCCCGGUUUCCCAGGAUGUUCAAGUGCAGCCGCAGACGGUACCGGCAGAACCCCCAAGGCCCAGCUGCCACCACGGCAGCCACCCACCUUGCUCCCGUGGCCACGGACAUCAACACCGGCCACACUGCCACCACCAGGGUGUGGAUCCUUCCACCGCAAGUUCUCCGACACCUUUGUCCACCUGGCAGCUUUCUGAUCAUCUAGAAAUGCCCAGAAACAAGUCCAGAAGCUUGGCCGGCUCCGGACCUGCACCUCCGCUGGGCCGUGGGUGGUGAACAGCAGGCAAAUACAAUCAUUUCUGCUUCA